GUAAAAUGCAAAGGAUGAUUUAGGGGACAUGAACAACAGUAUCACCAUAAGAAGAACGCAAUAAGAAGUAAGCAAAGAGGGAAUUAGAGGAGGAGGUCGGGAGAUAAAGAACAGAAGACGGAAGAAGAGAAGAGAGAAUAUAGUGGUUUCUACUGGAACUAGUGUUGUUUUUGGGUGAAAGGUGUGAUCUUUGGGUGAAAGGUGGGAUCUUUUGGGGCAUUCGGGAGGAGGCGGAGAGAUGGGGAACGUGACGUCGUCGGUGGCGGCACGGUUCGCGUUCUUCCCGCCGGAGCCUGCGACGUACGAGGUGUUCCGGGAGAGGGGAGGGGAGGGGCGGCUCUGCCUGUCGGGGCUGCCGCCGGAGAAUAACGUGGAGGUGCACCUGGUGGAGACCAGGGCCGGGAACCGGGUGGUGGCCACCUUCUGGCGUCACCCCAACGCCCGCUUCACCCUCCUCUACUCCCAUGGCAACGCCGCCGACCUCGGCCAGAUGUUCGACCUCUUCCUCCGGCUCCGUGCCCACCUCCGUGUCAACAUCAUGAGUUAUGACUACUCAGGUUACGGAGGAUCUACGGGGAAGCCAUCUGAGUUCAAUACAUACUACGACAUAGAAGCUGUGCAUGAUUGCUUGAAGAAAGAGUAUGGGAUAAGGCAAGAGGAUCUCAUUCUGUAUGGCCAAUCUGUCGGUAGUGGACCAACAUUACACUUGGCUACGCAAUUACAAGGUCUGAGAGGUGUUGUCCUCCAUGGUGCAAUUCUUUCGGGCAUACGCGUCUUAUAUCCUGUAAAAGUGACAUUCUGGUUUGAUAUAUUUAAAAACAUCAACAAAAUCCAACAAGUUGACUGCCCGGUUCUUGUUAUACAUGGAACUGCCGAUGGUAUCGUGGAGUGGACUCACGGAAAGCGUUUGUGGGAGCUAUCGAAAGAAAAGUAUGAUCCAUUGUGGAUCAAAGGUGGUGGUCACUGCAACUUAGAAGCAUAUCCCGAAUACAUCAGGCACCUGAGAAAGUUCAUUAGUGCCAUGGAGAAACUCCCUCUUGUGAGACAGGAAAAACAGAGCAGUGUGCCAACAUCAACCAUCACAGAAUCAAAACACAACAAGUGUUUGAGAUUUGGCAAGAGGUAGCUGUUCAAACAAGUGUCUGUUGGCUUCUUCUAUAGGGGACAAACACCACAGGGAGAAGGUAUAUUGUUUUCCCAGUAAAAUCUAACAUUUGUUUAGGAGAGCUUGUAGCAACCCAUGCAAUAAAUAUUUGUAUGAUUUCCCAGAUUGAUGGUUUAUGUAAACGCUUCCAGUUAUAUAAUCUCAAUGUUGAUAUCAUCUCUACAAA